AACAAAGUCGCAGCUGAGCUACUGUAUUUUACUUUUAGUUGCCAUGGUGCAUUUUGUCAACAGAAAGUUUAAGAGUCAACAGUGAAGACAUUUCAACUGAACACAUAUUUCAGUGAAAAAUGAAGAAAAGAGUUUUGAUUGGUGAUGGUGAAAGAGCUGUGUGCAGAUGGGAGGUUGAUGGAUUUUACUAUCCAGCAACGGUAACAACUCUAAACCAGCAUGAAGUGUCUGUCUGCUUCAACAUGGGAGUCAAGCAAGAUACAGCAGUGUGCUUUGUCAUUCCAGAGAGAGCGUGUCAUCCAUCUCCUCGUCUCAAGGUUGGUGAUUUUGUGCUUGUAAAAGAGAUCUUUGGGACAAGACUGCAACACUUGCGUUUCAUCCCUGGGUUUAUUGUUGGAAAGAAGUUCAAAAGUGCAUUGUCAGUCCUGUACCCUGUUAUGACAUACAAUUACAAAAAGUACCAUGUGGCUUGCAGUGACAUCAUUAAAAUCAGUCAGAAAUCAUACAGAUUUAUUCUGAAACAUAUGAAUGAAGCUCAAAAGCUGGAUCAUGAAAUAAUGUUUGGACCAACGCAAUAUAUAGACAGACACGAGAGUAAAGCAAAUAAAGGGAAUGUGGAGCAUGAUGAUGACUCUGAAUUCAAUGCUUACCCAUCAGACAGUUGUGAAAACACGCCUCAGAUGUCACAGACAACGGCUUUAUCUGGUACCAUUUAUAGUGUUGAGAGUUCACCGGAUUAUGAAACAAGCUAUUUUCCAACACCCUUACCCUCACCACCAUCUUCACCUCCUCCUACACAAGAUGGACCCACAGGAUGUGAGCCACAAGACCAUGAAGACUCUAAAGCUGAGAUAAGGAACUAUCUGCUAAAUGUAUUAGAAGAACAGAAGAAACUAGUGGAAGCACAGAAAGAAAUGCUUAACAGACUGGAACAAGAAACCAGUCUCUGCCAAGCAGGUCUGACUUUGGAUCAACAUACAUUUCCACUUAGUCCUGGGAUGCAAGUUCUGGUACAAAACCCUGAAGAUGGCUGGUAUUUAAAAGGAGCCAUCAUCAGUGAAUUCAAACAUGGUGAAUAUCUGGUAGAAUGUAAUGAUAAUACGACCAUAAAAACAUCCCGAGUGCAUAUAGAAAUGGGCCAAAAGGAAGAAAAUAAUAUAAAGGAAUGGGAUCAUGUGCUUUGUCUCUAUCCCAGGGGUAGUGGAAGAUAUUGCCCUGCAGUUGUGCUCAAAGUCCUUUCACAGACAGAGGCUCAGGUUCUGUUUUAUGAUAAAACAGAGGGACUUAUCCCUCAAGAGGAGAUUUAUAGAAUUGAUAACAAACAAAUGGAGCGGACCGUGAGAGAAAUCACUUCUCACGAGUGUGGAAUGUUUGGUCGUACUGUAGUUGCAAGAAAGGACAGCUGUGGGGUGUACAAUAUAGGUAAGAUUGUCAGGAGUGACUGGCAUGGCCCGCGAUAUCAUCUAGAAUGGACAGAUGGAUCUCAAUCCAUACAGGAAGCAGUCCAUAUCUUUGGUCAGUUUUCUCGACAACAAGAAUUAAAACCAGGGAGCCAUGUCCUGGCUCUGGCCAGUGCUGAACCGACAUCUUUCACUUACCUGCCUGGAAUGGUCAUUGACAGGGGUGAUAGGUUACUUGUCCAGUUUUGCAAUGGUAAAAGAUCUUUUCUGAACAACACCAAACUUUGCUACUGGCUAUCUGAAGACUAUUACAAAUCCUCUGUUGAUUUUUAUAAAAGAAAGCAACACAAAAUCCUUUGAGAUCUCAAUAGUUACUGCAAACUACACUGUUAUAUUGAAUUGUAUUUAUUUUUGAAGAAUUUGAAAGCGAAAAGGAUUGUACAUGAAAUCUGUUUGAAAUAGUAUAAAGAAUUUUUAUUAGAAUCAUUUUGUCUGAUGGAUGUAUCAACCAGCCUUCUUUAUCUUGGGUUCUGGGGCCCAAGGACCCCAUACAAUAUUGCAGUUGUGUGAUUAAUGUUAGAACUUAUGGAUUUGUUGUCUCGUGUCGUGCCAUGUAGAGCACUUCAGCAAAAUUCGACAACAACACCUUUUAUGUAGAAUAGCAAAUCAUAGUUUUUUUUUGUUAUUUUGUCUCCUAUGAUUAGAUAUUUCAUUUACCAUAAUUAUUUUGGCAUGGCUUGAACAGUCAGAGCUCUUCAGCUUUGCUGUGCAGUUCUCUUACCCAAACUGCACAAGAUGAUAUCUGUUAAACAAUCAGAGAAACUUUGCUGCACGCGGCAUAUUAAGUUAUAUAACUGGUCGUGUUAUCUUGUUGUUUCGUGAUUCAAUAACUGUUGAAAUUCAAGUUAAUUUACUGUUAGGCCAUGUUUCAUUGUCUAUAAAACUAUUUAUAACCCACAGUCUCCCUAAACUGAAGUGUUUUUUCAUUUAAAUUAAACUGCAUUGUUAAAAUUAAUGGAAAGCUGUAUAAACAUGUUGAUUAAUUCUACACUCAAACAAAUUAGGUAA